AUGGCCGACAACGACGCCCAGCACGAGCAGCACACCUUCGAGUCCACCGAUGCCGGUGCCUCCACCACCUACCCCAUGCAGUGUUCUGCCCUGAGAAAGAACGGCCACGUCGUUAUCAAGGGCCGUCCCUGCAAGAUCGUCGACAUGUCGACCUCCAAGACCGGCAAGCACGGUCACGCCAAGGUCCACUUGGUCGCCAUUGACAUCUUCACCGGCAAGAAGCUCGAGGAUCUGUCUCCCUCCACCCACAACAUGGACGUCCCCAACGUCUCCCGUCGCGAGUACCAGCUCGAGUGCGCCAUUGAGGCCAAGGAGGCUCCCAAGUCCGGUUAA